AUGUCCCCCUUGACGGAGUCCAUGCCGGGUGGAUCCCUUCAGGCAGACAUCCAGGCCACUGAGGAGGCCAUCCGUCGGGUGGCGACAGGGCCUCAGGCGAUCAUCUCGUUGGCGGACUUGCGCGCGGCCUCCACCCGCGCACUGAAGCACCUUAAUCAAGUGCCCGCGAGUGCCGGGCCCGGGGGCGGGGAGAUUCCCUCGGUUCCGUGGGACGCGGUCGGCGGCCUCGAGCCGGUCAAGGCCGCUGUGCGCGAAAUUAUCGAACUCCCACGACUGCUGUCGCAAUACCUGGGACCCUCUGCGGCCGAGGGUCUACGCGCGCGGUCGAGCUUGCUGCUCUUCGGCCCGCCCGGAACCGGGAAGACCCUGGUGGCCAAGGCCAUCGCCACCGGGUCCAAGACGCGCUUCAUGGCCGUCAAGGGGGCCGAGCUGUUGGACAAGUGGGUUGGCGAGAGCGAGCGACGGGUCAGCGAACUCUUCGAACGAGCG